UGACAACAAAACUUGGGUAACCCGUAUGUCCGGUUUGGUAUCGCCAUAUUUGGUUGUUUGGCGCUGUCGUCCACUUCCAUAUUUGAGAGUGGACAAAAUCUGCACGUGCCACUCUCUUGAAUGCCAAAUUUUAUAUACUCCGUUUUAACAUGGAGAGCCUAGAACAAGGUUCUUCCGGAGGUGCUAGCGAUAUGCGAUGUCGCACUUCUUCAUUCAUCGUAGAAGACGACCCUGAUGAUGAAGUUAGCGUGGAAGAGUACGACCCACCACUGCUGGGUCGUACGGCAUAUCGACCAAGUGGAGACCAAACGGAAUCCGCGUUUGAAAGUGCGUGUAAAGUUGCCCGGUUGGAGAAAAAUGAAGACGCCCAUCAUGUCCAACCUACGGAAGUUAGUGGUGAGCAACCCAGAAAAAAGAAAACCCGUGGGAGAGUGAAGAUUGACAUGGAAUUUAUCCAAAAUAAGUUACGCCGUUACACGACGUUCAGCAAGCGCAAAAGUGGCAUCAUGAAGAAGGCUUAUGAGUUAAGUACGCUGACAGGUACACAAAUGCUACUCCUUGUUGCUUCUGAAACCGGACAUGUUUAUACCUUUGCUACUCCCAAACUUCAGCCAAUGAUUACCUCGGAAAGUGGCAAGGCUCUCAUACAGACAUGCUUGAACUCGCCCGAUGUCAUCACUGGUCAUGGUGAUACAGAACAGAGAAUGUCAAGCACAGGUUUUGAGGAGCCUGAACUCUCAUAUACAGUUCAAGAUGAGGAGGGAAGAGAGCAAAAUAUUUCAGACCAAGGACAUGGAUCCAGCAGCUGUCAGUCAGCACCAGUGAGUCAGUUGCUCUUCAGUGAUGCAGGUCAUUCUUUACAGCCAUCAUCCAAUGGUCAGCGAACUAGGUCAACCACUGACAUUACACCCAUUGUAACAGGAAGCUUGCCUCUCACUAUUCAUCCUAGUGUUGCAAUUUCUGGAUUUAACAUUAUUCCUACUUCUGGGAAAGGGCCAACUCUUUCGUCUGGCUCGCCAAUUGUUCCUCAAUAUGCGGGCAUCCCAACAACACUUGGUUUCUCAAGUCAAGCCCUACUGGCUCAACUGCAGUGUAGUGCUCAAGCAGUGCAAGCAGCUAUAAUGCAGCAGCAGCAGCAACAACAUCAACAGCAACAACAACAACAACAUCUAAGACAAAAACAAGGAGUUGAAUCAGGUGCAAAGGACUUACCUGAAGGUAAUCCAGCUCAAAGUAAAAAUGCAGCUUCUGGAGAACCUCAAGCAUCUAGCUUGUUCUCUCACGACAAUAAUUGUGAUCCUGCGUCGACAUGUGCCACCAACACAAACCGUUCUAGUGUUGCUGGUAUGACUAAUUAUUCCAGUCCAAUGCUCCAAGCUAGUGUCACACCAAUGUCACAGUUGUUCAAUGUACCUAUGUCAGUAGAAGUUCCUGUUCCAUCUUCUAGCACUAUUACAACAAUUACAACAAAUAGCCCUGGACCUAUCACCUCUCCUACUAUCCACAGUGUUUCUCAUGCCCGAAGUCCCCCUCCUCUCACACUGGACAUGUCUUCUCAACUUGGUGGUAUUCCCCAGUACCAACUAUUACCUCAGCAAAUGCUGAGUAGUUCCGCUACCACUGAUGGUCACAUUGCAUCUAUCAUCCUAAAUCCAGCUGGUGCUGCUGGUGGUGGAUUAGCUCUAGGAAGGAUGUCACGGCAGUCAGGAAAUGAACUCAGUGCUUCUCAUGAGAAUAAAACCCAGCUGUGACCCCACUCAGGAAGACUUCAUUUCAGUGACAGUACCAUAGCAGUUGACUUUCUAGAUGACUGUUUUCAUUAGCUUCCAUUGCACUUACUUGCUACACAUAGUGCUUGUGUCCUAACAUUUGUUUGCUAGAAAGAAGAGUGGAAUGUUUAGGUUUAUAGAUUGUACAUAUUGGUAUUAAUUCAGAUAUUAAACAAAUUGAAACGCUCUGCAAUGAAA